AUGCGUGGGAUGCCUCGUUUGUGUCUGCGGUGCACGAGACGAGGCUCGCUUUGCCGGCUGACUGCCGAUGCCAUUGGUGUGGUGUCCGUUACCACCGUCACACCGAGUCGAUAUCGAAGUGCACAUGAACGCGGGAAUUUAGAAAGCGCCAAGAAAUUUGGGAAGGAGUGGGGUAUUGGCAAGGCGAGGACGGCGUGGUAUCCGAGGGUGCGUGCGGCAAUUGAUGGCCACCCUGGGGAGGAAGUGGUGGAUAUGGAUCGUCCCUGCCCCGAUGAGGAGGUGUAUCGAAAGGAAGCAAAGGGAUCGUCGACGGAGAGCGCCGCCGUGGUCGAUGAGGCUCUGGAUGGGCAGGCGGAAAUUGGCCGUGUCGACCAGGCGGUGGAUGAAGUGCAGGCAUUUCUUCGCGAGAAACAGCUUGAAGUGGCGGAGGCGCAGUUGGAGCGCAAUGUCGCUAUUCCGUACCCCACGCACCCGGAUGACAUGACACCGGAAUUUCGUCGCAUCAAAAGGCAUCAGUCUAUCGUGGUGGUCGCCACGGAUCCUGAUUACCCCGUCUUUGUGCGACGGGAUCAGUUUGUGCAGCUUCCCUUGCCUAAAAACCACCCGUGGGUGAAGAACACACCUAUAGGGCCCUUUAUUCAACACGGUGAUGGUCAACUCGGUGUCGUGGGGAGCGGUGAGGUUGGCUUCGACGAUGAGCAUGUGGCUAAGGCACUUCCACACAGCUUUCGUGGUCUGCGGCAUCGUUCUGUGAUGCAGCAACGUCUCCCAGAAAAGAACGGUAAAGUGCUU